GAAGUCGCAGUGUCGCAGCGUCGCAGCCACUGCAAUCCGAUUUCCAGCCGUUUCACGUUCCAGCAUGGUAAUUUUUUGUAGUCGUGCUCACGCUUCUUUGCGGCUCUUCUUUAUUUGAGUCGGUGAGUUUAAACGUCAAAGGUAUAUAAAGAGGUAUAGUGCAACCGGUGCGAAAAUGGAGAGCGGCAAGGUUACUUACAAGAGAAAGUGUGCCGAAACAGAUGAUCUGAGCAGAGAGGAACUUGUUCAACGCGUAAAGCAGCUAGAGGCUCACGUUAAGCAACUACAAAACGUCAUUUCAAAAGAGCCAACAUCGUUUGUAAGGAAGCAAAAGCAGUUUGAUUUUAAACGAUUCAAAAGGCGACACGUACUUUUGAAAUUCCUCUACUUGGGAUGGCUCUACGACGGAUACGUAGUUCAAGAAGACACGGCAAAUACCGUUGAGGCUGUGUUAUUCGAGGCAUUGCUUCGAACUAAGCUGGUGGAAUGUCGUGAAACGUCCAACUAUCACCGUUGCGGCAGAACCGACAAGGGUGUUUCGGCAUUUAGUCAGACGAUUUCAAUUGACUUGCGGACGAACCUGACUGAUGGCCUAGGGGUAAUCACACCAGAUAACUACACUCCAGAUGCAAAAUCAGAGAAUCGAACGAAGGAGAUUGAAUACGUCAGGAUCCUCAAUGGGGUUCUACCUCCAGAAAUCAGAGUACUGGCGUGGGCACCCGUUGACCCUACCUUUAGUUCUCGUUUUGAUUGCAAGCGACGGAUGUACCGCUACUUCUUUCCCCAAGGGAACCUGGACCUGGAGCGCAUGAAGCAAGGUGCAGCACUUCUUGUCGGUGAACAUGACUUUCGGAACCUGUGCAAAAUGGAUGUAGGCAAUGGAGUGACCAACUUUGUUAGAGUAAUUCUAAGCACGAGACUUUACAAGGUCACCAAGCACGAAAACUCGGAUGAAUGCAAUGUAGGAUAUACCAUGUGGUAUUUGGAAAUUGUUGGACAGGCGUUCUUGUGGCAUCAAAUCCGUUGUAUUGUUGCCGUUUUGUUCCUCAUCGGACGGCGGCUGGAAGAGCCUGAGAUCAUUUCUGAUCUUCUGGAUAUUGAGAAGAACCCUAGGAAACCUCAGUACAGCAUGGCUUCAGAGAUCCCACUUGUUUUAUAUGAUUGCCAGUUCGAAGGCAUUGACUGGGAAUACAGUGUAGAGGAACUGACUAUGGUAACAAAGCAACUUCAGAGGAUGUGGACACAGAUGCAAGUGAAGAGUGAAAUUUUACAUAGCAUGCUGUUGGACAUCACUACAGUUCCAUGCAUGUCCGAAACCCGUGUUACUUCGCAAGCCGACACAUUACAACCGGGUACCAUGCCUCGAGUGUACAAACCGCUUCUGGAAAGGCCUCUUUGUGAGAGCCUAGAAGAAAGGAUUGAACACUUCGCCAAGCGACAGCGACCCAGCGGCUGCUGCGAGAACUUGGAGGCUGAACCCUGUGAUGAUUGAUGUGCCUCACAUGAACUGAAGGAACUGAGUUCAUCAUUCACAUUUUUAGUUUAUAACUCACGUGAAAGGUGUAAACGUGAUUCACGAGGAAAAUGUGAUGCAUUCUCACUGCAUGUUUUUAUUACACUUUCUCAUUAACACAUUUUUCCUGUUCAUACCUUUUCAUCUAACAUCAACAAAACAUCAACAUCAUGCACUCCAUCUCACUGUAAUAUAUCCAUUCCAUGUUGGAGUGGUUGACGCAAAGAUAUGUCAUCUUCUACAACAGAUGUUGAUGUAUAUCAUGUGUGAGUGUGGGCUACGGAGUUUGCUGCACAUUUAAAUCGGGGGCAGGACGGUAAAAUCGAGAUAGAAAAAUACUGCUUAGCAGAAAUACUGGCCAUAAAUUCUAGUGCAGGGCAACGAAAAGAGCACAGAUAUUAUGUACAUAUUGAUGAUACUUAUCGUGAUUUUUCUCAUGACAUUGUUUACAACCUUAUAGGUGUAGUUGUAGUAAUCAUAUUACAAGCGAUGUGAAGUUGCGGGCCUUUCAAUGUUGGAGCUACCACCGUCAGCAACAGUACAGAGCUAUAGAUGAUACAGGGCAUGUUCAUGUUGUCCUGUGUUUUCAUAUGCAGCCGCAUAUUUAUUGCAGUAGCUGUUUUCUUCAGUUUCCGUUUGACCGUCUGUUGAAAUAACAGUAAACAGCCACAACAUUA